AUGGCAUCUACAAUCAUUUUGAACAGAGUAUCUCUAUAUAUAUUUCCACCUUAAAGCAAAAUCAGACUAUAGAUUAACAAAUUAAUAAGUUAAAAGUAUUUUGAGUUCUUUAUUCUAACAAUUAUCAUUAUCUCAAGUAUUUUGCUAGCUUUAGAUGAUCCACUUUCAUUAGCGAAUAAUGUAACUCUGAACAUGAUUGAUGAAAUAAUUACAGCCUUAUUUAUUUGUGAAGCUUUAUUAAAAAUAAUUAGUAAGGGUUUUAUAAUUAAUGGGCCCGAUAGUUACAUCAGAUCUCCAGGCAAUAUAUUAGAUCUCGUUGUUAUUAUUUUUUCAUCUUUAACCUUUGAUUAAAGUCAAGCAUAAACAUUUUCAAAGAUUAAUAUAUUAAGAGUCAUUAGAAUUGAUAGUCAGAAUGAGGAUUUAAAAAUGUCCAUAAAUGCUUUGUUCAAUAGUUUAUCCCAAAAGAUGAACAUUGCUUUUGUUUGCCUAAUAUUCUUCUUAUUAUUCGAAAUAUUUGGAGUAACCUAAUUUAAAGGAGCAUAUUACUACUGUGAUAUACCUGUAUAUAAUCUGAAUGGCAAGAAUAUGUAUUUUUAUUUUCAAGCUCUCAUUUGUGUGGCUCAAGACUUUUUGGCAUCAAGUGGGUUUAUAUCCAAGCUUUGA